UAACAAUGGAUAUUUAACAAGAAUCACACGUAUUUCUGUUCUCGCAUCGCAAAAUCAAUUUAAAAAUGUUUAAUAACAGGAUUUUUGUUCAGAAACUAGUAUUAAUUUAUGUUACUGUUUUCAUUUUGAACUUAGCAUCAGCAAAAAGGAACUUCAAUCUAAAUGAACACUAUGUCAAUGCAAGUCAAACCCUUAAUUUGGUUCAUCUAACAUCAGAGAAUUUAUUCACGGAACUAAAUCAGAUCGAUCCAAAUUUCGAUCCGGACGCAUGCGAUCCGAUCUCAUCGACAAUGCCGGACUUUUCUAAACCUGGCCGAAGAAUAAGCGAGACAAAAUGCCUUGAAUACUUGUGGCGGAUGAGGUAUUACGAUCAUUCGCUUGUGAGAGUUAUUAAAUGUGGCGCCACGUUUGAUCCCAGUUUGACCGUUAUAUUUGGAGGGCAAGAUGCAACUCCUGGACAAUUUCCUCAUAUGGGGGCAAUAGGAUGGAAGUCAGUAAACGACACCUGGACCUUCAAAUGUGGUGGUACACUGGUGACAGAAAAGUUCAUGCUUUCUGCAGCUCAUUGUUCUCGAGCGAAGAGGACUGAGACCAAAAUCAUAGAUCCUGUGCCCAAAAUAGUACGAGUGGGAGAAGUAAAUAUUGGCUUGCAUAGUAAAGAUGAACAGCCACCUCAAGAUUCACCCAUCAAGAGAUUCAUUGUACAUCCAUAUUUUCGAGCUCCAAGAAAAUACUAUGAUAUUGCAGUAAUAGAACUAGAGACACCUAUAACGUUUACUUUGAAAAGCCAUCCCGCGUGUGUUUGGGCGAAUCCUUAUCAAGAAGUAUUUGGAAAAGCUGCACUGACUGGCUGGGGUAUUACUGAAGCAGGUAGCGAAGAAGCGCAUCCCAUUUUACAAUUUGCGGAGGUGGAUGUGGUGCCGGUGCGUGAGUGUGACAAGUUGCUGCGGUCUAGUCGCAACAGAAACUGGCGCGGACUAGUCUACCAUCAGAUGUGUGCGGGACACUUAGCUGGUGGAGUUGAUUCCUGUCAGGGUGAUUCCGGUGGUCCAUUGCAAAUGCAAAUCAAAAUGCCAGGAUUUACAGAUUGGAACAUGCAUUAUGUUCUUGGAGUUACAUCUUUUGGCUACGGUUGCGGACGUCCUAACACUCCGAGUGUCUAUACCAGAGUUUCCAGUUUUCUGGAUUGGAUCGAAAGUAUCGUUUGGGAAGAGGAUUAUUUGAGACUGAAUAAAACAAAUUAGUUUUAGAAGUUUCUAGAAAACAACAUUCACCUUCCAGAUACCAAAGAAAUCACGUAAGCGUCUGUCACUCCUAUGAUAAAAGAGCAAUAUUUGCAGAGUAACUCUAAACGGACAACGUUGUGACCAUGAAUAAAGCCAACAUUAAGUUUAGAGCUAAAAAUAUA